GCGACCUCAUGAACCCACAAUUCACUGCAGUCUCGGUGGUUGCCAUGGAGAAAGCUGACAAGUGAAGGAGGAGGAAGGCACGGCUGGCAACACCCACUUGAAACCAUGUCUGCAGCACCAGCAGAAAUGAAAUGGAUCGGAAACUGAGUUUAUCUCGGACCUUGCGACUACUGCAUUUGAUUCGCACUAAUGUCCAUUUCGUGUAGCGGGAUUCACCUGCUGAAACUGGUAAAGCUUAAGCAAUUACCAGUGUCGGAUUUCAGGACGCUAGCUAGCUAAGUGGUCGGCUUAGGUAGUGUUUUGGAAACAUCGGCUAGGCUGCUGAGUGGGAGGAGGCGGCACACACACCCGAAUCCCCCGUGGUGAUUUUAAAACGUUGCCGGCGAAAAAUACCCAUCGAAACAUGAAACAUUACAAUGGGUAUCCUUAAGAGAAUAUUUUUAGAUGUCGAACCAUAUAAUAACCAAUUUCAGAAUGCCCGAUCGACGAUGCUAUGAAAGCCCCGACAGUGCCUGAUUAGGGCCUGCUUUUUCGAUCUGGAAAUUUCUUGAGUGGGCUAACGUUAUUCGUUUUUUUCCCUGGCAAGCUAGCCAGCUAUUUCGCUAGUAGUUCCGCUGAAUCCCUUGCUAUCACCGUUAGCAGAACGAUGCGGACUUUAUGGAUGCAUUGAGUUUCGCAGGACCGAUUUGGUGUCUUUAAUAUCCGCUUUCUAUCAUAUCAAACAAAGUAAUUUGUGUUUAGCGAGCAAUAUUUUUAUGGACCUGUCCAUUAGCUAGUGGAGGCUCGCAGCAAAAUGUUUAAUUUGAGACGGCUGUUGCGGUUAUCAAACCGCUCCUUUUUGGCCUUCAUUUUUUUCUUUUCAAUGUCUACGACCUGCUUGUACUUCAUCUAUGUGGCUCCUGGUAUAGCCAACACAUACUUCUUCAUGGUGCAGGCCCAGGGGAUAAUGUUGAGGGAUAAUGUGCGGACAAUUGGCCAGAUGAUCCGACUCUACACCAAUAAGAACAGCACACUUAAUGGCACAGAUUACCCAGAUGGGAACAACUCCAGUGAGUAUGUGGUCCAGCCUACCACAUACCUCCCUGAGAACUUCACCUAUUCCGUCAACCUGCCCUGCCCGGAACGCCUGCCCUCUAUGAAGGGCCCCAUGGAGGUGAACAUGACUGAGUUUCCUCUAGAGGAGCUGGAGAUCAAGUUCAAGCAGCUGGGCAUUCAGUACGGAGGCCACUGGAGACCCACCGACUGCCAACCUCGCUGGAAGGUGGCCUUUCUCAUCCCUUUCAGGAAUCGUCUUGAGCACCUGCCCAUCUUGCUGCUGCACCUCACACCCAUGCUGCAGCGCCAGCGACUUCAGUUUGCCUUCUAUAUCAUAGAGCAGACGGGCACCCAGCCCUUUAACCGUGCGAUGCUGUUUAACGUGGGUUUCCGCGAGGCUAUGAAGGACCUGGACUGGGACUGUCUUGUGUUCCACGACGUGGACCACCUCGCUGAGAAUGACCGCAACUAUUAUGGCUGCACCAACAUGCCACGCCACUUCGCUGCCAAGCUGGACAAGUACAUGUACAUCCUGCCCUACAAUGAGUUCUUUGGGGGCGUCAGUGGUCUGACGGUGGAGCAGUUCCGCAAGAUCAACGGAUUUCCCAAUGCAUUCUGGGGCUGGGGAGGAGAGGAUGACGACCUGUGGAACAGAGUGCACUACGCCGGCUACAAUGUGACGAGACCUGAGGGAGAGCUUGGCAAAUACAAGUCCAUUCCACACCAUCAUCGAGGGGAGGUGCAGUUCUUGGGAAGGUAUAAGUUGUUGCGCUACUCAAAGGAGCGCCAGCACCUGGACGGCUUGAACAAUCUGAAUUACACGCCAGAGGUGUCCAUCUCCAGCUUCUACAAGAACAUCAGUGUCAACCUGCACCCUGAGCUGGCUCCAAUUGCAGACUACUGAACACACACACACACACACACACACACACACACUCAUGUCUGACACUCUCCACCUGGGUGUGUGUGUGUG